AUGCUCCCCAUCGGACCAGAACACAUACAACCUCCGUGCCCGUACAAACUCCCACACAUCUUCAUCCAAACCUUCUCACUAGCCCUCGGCCUCGCACUCACCACCCUAGCCCUCCUGCUCAUCCAGCGCAUCGCGCGCCGCCACUAUCAGCCGACACAUACGCACCCUGCAACCCUUGCGCAACCAGACCGAACGGACGCCAUGGAAAAGGGCAAAUUGACGAGUCCAACACCGAGCACGAGCGUGACCGUCUCGCCGCCACCAGCCACAGCCUGCGACGUGUUGAAACCUCUCUCGCAGAGUGGCGCGUUCCCAUCCAGCGGGGCGGUGGCGGCUAGGGCUCGUGAGCUGAUGCAGAUGCAGCCGGGUAAGGCAUCUCCGUCUUCUCCGGAAAUGGAUGCGACGGUGAUGGCAAUGGUCAUGGCGAGGGCGCUAGGGGAGACUGAGCAGGGGAGUAGUGAGACUUGUGGGUCGGUGCAGAAGCGUAGUGAGUCGGCACGGGAGAUGAGCGAGGUUGAUGGGGAUGGGCUGCGGACUUGGAGGCGGGUGGUUACUGAGUAUAGUUAG